AUGACUAAUGGCGCCGGAACGAAUCGACGAUCCUGGAACACCAGUUCAUUAGGAGCCAACAAUAAGAAAAAAUUGGGAAAAUCGUAUUCAGUACUGAGCCACGAUGAGAGACUUCCUGUUAUGAGCAAGAAGCGUUCACGACGUCUGGAUUAUAAGUAUUCCAAUGUUGGGCGUAUGGAUAUUGAAAUAGACGUCAUGCCUGAAUUUGAAGAGGUGGACAAUAAUGUAAGUGACUGCAUUUCCAACUACGACACCUGA